AUGGCCGUCUUCCUCUUCCUCUUUCUUUUCCUCCUGCUGUGCUCAGCUCCGCGGCUCGGGUUCUGCAAGUCGACCAUUGAGCCCUGCAAUGGCUCCGAGGCCUGCCAGGCGCUCGUCGGCUACACGCUCUACGCCGAUCUCAAGGUCUCCGAGGUUGCCGCUCUCUUCCAGGUCGAUUCCAUCGCCCUCCUCGCCGCCAACGCCGUGGACGUCUCACUCUCCGACGUCGAGAACCGCAUUCUCCCCGCAGGGAUCUUCCUCCGCGUCCCCGUUGUCUGCGCCUGCGACGACGGCAUCCGCAAGGUCAUCUCCGUCCGCUACCGAUCCCGUCCCGGCGACACGCUCGCCUCGAUCGCCGGCGCCGUCUACUCGGGCCUCGUCACCGCCGACCAGAUCCAGGAGGCCAACGGCAUCUCCGACUCCGGCGCGGUGGACGCCGGCGAGAGCCUGCUGGUGCCGCUCCCUUGCUCGUGCUUCAACUCCAGCGACAACUCCCUCCCGGCCGUGUACAUGUCCUAUGUCGUGAGGGAGGGCGACACGGUGGCGGGGAUCGCCGCCGCCUACUCCACCACCAUCUCGGAUAUCAUGAACGUCAACGCCAUGGCCAGCCCCUCUGUGAAGCCUAGCGACAUUCUCGCUAUCCCUCUUCCCGGUAAGAGAAAUGUUUCUUGCCGUUGCAAUUAGGUUCAGUAAACAUCAACGUGCGCCACGUGCUUCAAAUAUAUUUCUUCUUCUCUCCGUCAUUUAUUCUCUCUCGCAUGGAGCUCGGUGGCUGGAUUUUCGAUCUCCCGUUCAAGAAGACGUCCAUCUAUUGACUGAUUCCCGUCUUGAAAUCCGCAGCCUGCAUCUCGUCAUUCCCCAGGUUUUCCUCCGACUUCGGCCUGAUCGUGGCCAACGGGAGCUACGCCAUCACAGCGAGCCACUGCGUUCAAUGCAGCUGUGGCCCCGGAAACCUAAAGUGAUCAGCCUCCUUCUCUCUUCCUCUUCGCCUGGUUUUCCCCAGCUGACCGACUGGCCAUCUUCUUUGGCAUGUAGCCUGUACUGCACUCCAUCGCCAUUGGCCGUCUCCUGCUCGAGCAUGCAGUGCAGGAACAGCAACCUCAUGCUCGGAAAUGUCACCUCCCAGCCUACCAGUGCUGGCUGCAACGUCACCUCCUGCACCUACGGCGGCCUCGUCAAUGGAUCCAUCGUCACCUCGUGAGCUCUCUCUCUCUCUCUCUCUCUCUCUCUCUCUCUCUCUCUCUCUCUCUUCUGUGACGAUGUUUUCGUUGUAAAUGUUUUUUCAGGUUGACCACAUCUCUACAACCACGAUGCCCUGGUUAGCCUAGGGCUCGAGCGAGCUUAAUUUCAAUUAUCUAUUUAUUUACUUAAUUAUUUAUUUAUCUUGGGGACGAACUGGUGCAGGGCCGCGUGAGUUUCCCGCGUUCAUCCCUCUGCCCUCCGCGCUCCCCCACGGCUCCUUACUCGCCCCGUCCCCUUCGCCCCCCCAUGCCGGCGCCGCCGACGUGAUCGCGCCGCCCAAGUCGUCGGUGCCGGCGACGGUGGCCCUCCCCGGCGGCUCCCCCUCGAACAGCGGCCCUGCCGGAAGCAUCUCCGGCGACCAAACGGCGGCGGCGCCGCCUCCCACGGCGGCGUCUUCGCCGCCGCUCCUCCUCCUCGCCAUGCUAUGCCUCGCCGUCGCCCCCAGAGCCUUCAUUCCGUAG